AUUUCCUUGUCGUGUUGAGAACUUCUGAGACGUUGAGUGUAAGUUCACUUGAGUUUCAAUCUUUAAUGUUUCAGACUUCAAUGUUCAGUUUGAAAUUUCAGUAGGAUAACUAAAGAUUUGAGAGGCACUGUUAAAAAUAUAGUCAAUAUAGGUAUAGUUAAGUAUUAGUUGUUUUCUAAUAUUCUUUAAUAAUCCUUCAAACAAUUUCAAAUCACUUAACAUUUUCUCAUGAGUGUUAGCAGCAUACUAGUCACACAAAAAUGUCCAACAAUGACAGUAAUGGAAGUUCGCCGUCUGGUGCUGCAAGACCUUCUCAUCCGCAGUUAGAUAUGCGUCAAGAAGCUGCAAUAACAGAAAAAAGAAGACAGUUAAAAUUAGCAAUUCAAGGAACAUCCGGUGCUUCAUUUGGAUUCAAUUCUCCAAUACCAAGCUUACAGUCAUUAAAAUUUGAAGAUGAUAAUAAAUUAUUAAGCAAUGGAUCAACAUCAAAACAACCAAAUUUACCUAGAGUACGGUUAUCUAAUACUGAAACAAUGAGUGAAAAGUCACGAUACAGAUCCAUAGAACGUACUAAAUUACGAGAAAGACUAAAAAUAUGUCAAACAAUACAAUCCACUGGAAAACUACAACUUUCUGAGAACAAGGUGUAUGAUUUUACAUCAGAUGAUUUACAAGAUUUAGGAGAGAUUGGCCGAGGUGGUUUUGGAACUGUGAACAAAAUGUUACAUCGUAGUAGUGAUACAGUAAUGGCUGUUAAGAGGAUAAGGUCUACUGUUGAUGAAAAUGAACAAAAACAAUUACUAAUGGAUUUGGAUGUUGUGAUGAAAUCUAAUGAAUGUCCUUACAUUGUACAAUUUUAUGGAGCACUUUUUAAAGAAGGGGAUUGUUGGAUUUGUAUGGAACUUAUGGAUACGUCAUUGGAUAAAUUCUAUAAGUAUACCUAUGAAAAAUUAAAUCAACGAAUACCAGAAAAUAUAUUAGGAAAAAUAACUGUUGCGACUGUAAAAGCAUUGAAUUAUCUUAAAGAAAAAUUGAAAAUCAUUCACCGUGAUGUUAAGCCUAGUAACAUCCUAUUGGAUUCUCGAGGAAAUAUAAAAUUAUGUGAUUUUGGUAUUUCAGGGCAGUUAGUGGAUUCUAUAGCAAAAACUAGAGAUGCUGGCUGCCGCCCUUAUAUGGCACCGGAAAGAAUUGAUCCAGUUCGUGGUCGAGGAGGUUAUGAUGUCCGUUCAGAUGUUUGGUCCUUAGGUAUCACUCUAGUAGAAGUUGCUACUGGGAGGUUUCCAUAUCCAAGAUGGAGUUCUGUUUUUGAACAAUUGUGUCAGGUUGUUCAAGGAGAUCCACCUAGAUUACAGACUUCUAACAAUUUUUCUCCUAAUUUUGUGAAUUUCGUAAAUACUUGUUUGAUAAAAGAAGAAAAUCAAAGGCCUAAGUACAACAAACUUCUAGAACACCCAUUUAUUAAACGCAGUGAUGCUGAAAGCGUUGAUGUAGCUUCUUAUAUUAGUGAAAUAAUGGCUGCAAUGGAAAAUGAUGGUGCAUUUAUGUACACAAUGAAUGACCCUUGAUAGUAUUUUUAAUAUUGUUAAAAAGUACACAGUCCAUUAGUACUUAAUAAAAAUAAGAUUUAUUUAGUUUCAAUCAACUUAUCCUGUCAGUUGUAAUUAAUUUGGUCCAAUAUUGCCUUGAAGAUUUAUUUUUUCUAAAAGUUAUAACAAGCUCCCAACAAUUUUUUUAAUAGUUUUUGACUGGAGUUUUUGCUUUCCAAAAAAAUCAGUUUAACAGCAAAGUGACAUAUUAUUAUUAUUAUUUGUAUUAUUAUUAUUAUUAUUAUUAUUAUUAUUUUUAUUAUUGUUGUUGUUUUAAUACGAACUGAGUAACAUAAAAUAGCAGUUUCUUUUUGUCCUACAAAAAUUGUGAUGACCUGUUUUUCAAUUAUUUUCUAUCAGUUUAAAUUAACCUUAUGGAGGGUAACCAUUUUGCAUACAAAUCUAGUUUAGAAAUAAGUUACUUACACAAAUACUAUAUGUAUCUGUAGUAUGAAAGAUAUGAUUAUCUUAUAGAUUUUUGUGAUUGGACUAAAAGUUCUAAGUUCUACCUAAUGGUUGUUUAGUAAAUCUAAUAACGUCACAUAUGUCAAAGUUUUAUUAUUAGCAAAAAAUAAUUUAAGUAUAACCAAAAUGAUUAAAUUGAUAUAUUUGAUUAAACAAAUUU